AUGUUCCAAGCAAGGCCGACACUCCAUCUUGCCUGGCCCAAGAAACUCGAGAUGGCAGCGCUGAGUCCGAUAUCUAAGCGACACGCCUUUGGACGGCGACGUAGUAGUUCGAAACCCAAGUCAUACGAUCCCAAGCUAGAACAUGUUUCCUCUCUGCAGAGGUCGUUUUCCAUCCUCAAGUCCGUCGAGGAAUUGAAAGAGCACAGAUGGAGUCUUUUUGACCUGCAAUACGUCGUUCUGGCGGGGUUGUGUCUUUUCUCGUUAUGGAUUAUUGAGGCCCACGCACCCGUCAUCAAGACGGCCGCCGCUCUCGGGUAUCUUCUUUUGUUGCUCAUGCCUGCCACCAGGCAGUUCUUCUUGCCAUCGUGGCCGAUCUGGACCUACCUUCUGUACUUCUUCUCCAGCCGGUUCAUACCGACCGAAGUCCGCCCUCAUAUCUGGGUCAAGGUCUUGCCGGCUCUCGAGAAUAUUCUUUAUGGCGCAAACUUGUCGAACAUCCUGUCGGCACACACGCAUCCGAUCCUCGACGUCUUCGCUUGGAUACCGUAUGGGAUUGGCCACUUUGGCUUGCCCGCGAUCUGCUCUGGAUUUAUAUUCCUGUUCGCCGCCCCAAAGACAUUGCCUGUAUUCGCAAAGUCGUUCGGUUGGUUGAGCAUUAUCGGCGUAACGAUGGCUCUUGUGUUCCCCUGUACCCCGCCGUGGUACGAGAACCUGUACGGGCUAGCUCCCGCCCAUUAUGGUAUGCCUGGCUCCCCGGCCGGGUUGGCACGAAUCGAUGCGCUUUUCGGUGUCGACAUGUAUACGACGAGUUUCUCGACGGCGCCGGUCCCCUUCGGAGCCUUUCCGAGUCUGCAUGCCGGAGAUGCGACCCUGCACGCUCUCUUCAUGACCUAUUGCUUCCCGCGUUUCCGGCCCUUCUUCAUCUUCUACGUGGGCUGGCUCUGGUGGGCGACAAUGUACCUCAGCCAUCAUUAUGCUGUGGAUCUCGUGGGCGGCAGUCUCAUCGCUUCGGUCAUCUUCUUCAUCGCUAGAACCCGAUACUUGCCCCACCAGCAGCCGGACAAGACCAACCGGUGGCAGUACGACUUCGUCGAGAUUGGUGAGAUGAAGAGGACAGCUGAUGAAGAGUUGGGUUAUGGUCUUGGUCUGUUGGAGAGACGAGACACCGGCGACAGUGACGAGUGGUCUGUAGGCAGCAGCACAUUGUACAGUCCGACUACCCCCAGUGGAAGCGCUAGUCCUUUAUCGGAUGAUGGCAGACGCAGUGGGGAUUCGGAAAGCGCUGGCAUGUCCUCACGCAGCCGGUCCUGGUGA